AAAAAUAUGAAUACCUACGUUCACUAUAUGCUGGGUCUUCUUCUCCUAGUCACUGUCAUGAGGGUUAACCACUUCAUGCAUUCUAGCAAUGAAACUUUCACUCCUACUGAAAUGACUGGGGAGACAGCUGGGAUAAGCUCUUUAGGAAAAUUUCAGAAUGGGAAAAAUCCUGAUAAAAGAUUCUUAAAAGACGAAUCUCCAAUUUUUGUUGCUCCCGAAAUUAAACAAGAGAUUGAAGAGCCAGUUGAUAAUGCUUCAGAAGCUGAAAAAGUUGAUGACAUCGGAGAGGCUCAAGAGGAUCCUAACAAACAAACAGAGAGUGAACAAAAUACCUCAGAAGUAAAGGAGGAACCGAAUGUAGUCUAUAUUCCUCUGCCAAAGACUACAGAUGAUCUAGACAAUGCCAUUUCAAAACUGGGUACCUUCUUUAAGCUCAGAUAUCAAGGCCAAUGGACCUAUGAUACCGAAGGUCUUGUUGGGGAAGCCGGAGGUGUCUCUGAAUUCAUGGCUGCAGUACAUAAUAUUACGACCACUGAAGGAAGAAUGGCCAAGGUUAACUUCGGAAUCCAGCUCUUGCAAGGCCAACUUAGAGAAAAUGUUGAUGGCUAUCAUGUCUCAUUUGAGCUGUCAAAUUACACUGUUUCUGAGAAAUCUAUUACUAUUGAGGCGAUGAAUGCAGAGGUCACCAAAGAGAGAAUCCAACUUUUUACUAAAUCCGAUAAUGGGUACUGCACUGCAAACGUGACGUUAGUGUUUACAGAGAAAGAAGGAAGUAUAUUUGAAGGUUUGAUCUCAUUGAAGUCCAAGCACAAAAAUUGUGUAGUGGAAUCCACAUCUUUGGUUUCGAGCCAAUUCGAAGAAUUAAUCAACCAGCAAAGAGGAAUGAACUAUAAUAUAAUCUUGUUUAUGAUCCUGUGCUUUUACUGUUAUGCGAUGAUCAAGCAGAUCAAGAAAGUUGAAGACAACGAAGGAAUUGCUAAGAGGUUCUCUAUUAUCACUAUUGGGUGGAACAUCAUCUGGAACUUCUGAUUUUUUAACAUCUAUAUCACUUACAGCUUUAUGAUCCCUUUAAACAAUCAGCUAAUGGCUCCAGCCUUCUUUUAUUUCAUGAUCUGCUUCUUGUUUGAGCUGAAACUCCUCUUACUUUGUUGGAAGGCUGAGAAUAUGGAUGCAAUUGAGGAAGGACCAAAUGCAGCAAGAAGAGCUUUGAUCUUUUUUUACUGUAAAUUCUAUUGAAUAUGCCUUGCAUUCUUCUUCCUGAUUGAUAGUAUUUUUAGAUUCUCCUUUGUGCUGCUGAUCGCCAAUGGUUUGAUUUGGGUUCCUCAGAUCUACAAAAACUGUUUGACCAAGGCAAGGAACACUCCUGAUGUAAAAUUUGUGAUAUCAAUGACUUUAAGCCAAUGAUUUUUACCGUUGUACUUGAGAGGCUGCCCAAACAAUAUUUUCUUAUCUGAGACCAGUUACAUUUGGAGCUUCAUCUUUGUAUCAGUGGUGGGAUUGCAAGUUCUUAUACUGUAUUUACAGAGAAAACUAGGAGCAAGGUUCUUCUUACCUGAUAAGUACAAAUACUGGAACGAAUACAAUUACUAUAGAAACCUUGAAGAAAGCGAUAUGGAAGAUGGUGAAACUGAAUGCUGUGUGUGUUUAAAUAACCUUGCUACUCUUGACUCAGAAAAUGGAGAAGGCCAGGAUGGAUAUAGAAGAAUCGUAUACAUGCAAACUCCUUGUGAGCACAAAUUCCAUACAGAUUGUUUAAAACCUUGGAUGCAACAAAAGCUCCAAUGCCCUAAAUGUCGAGCUGAUUUACCUGCACUUGACGAAGAAGAUUUCUAAUUACAUUUGCUCAAUAAUAUCGUCACAA